GUUGUACCAGUUAGCUAAUGGUGAAAUUUGCAUUAAAAAUCACUGCUGAACUCGCUGGCGUCACGGGACUCCAUCCGCAAGACACGCCUGAGUCGCCUUUUGAAUAUACUUUCACGAUAGAGUGUACAAAGUGCCGGGAAGUCCAUGCCAAACCAGUGACCAUCAACCGAUUUGAGACCCACGAAAUAUCAGGCUCCAGAGGAGAAGCCAGUUUUGUGUUCCGGUGUAAGCUGUGCAAAUCAGAGCACUCUGCCGCCAUUGAACCCACCGGAACUGUUUGUACACCUGACACAAAUGGGAAACCCGUUACGAUUUUGACGAUCGAUGCUAGAGGACUUGAUUUCAAUGAAUUUAUUCCCGAUGGCUUUUUUGCUUGUGAGGGAGAGGAUUCGCCUACUAAGUUCACGGAGAUAGAUCUCUCGGAGGGAGAAUGGUACGACUACGACGAUAACGCUGGUGAGGAGGUGAGCGUCACCGAGAUUCUGUGGAGCAUAGUGCGUUUGUAGUUUAUAGUGAAUAGAGGUAAAAAGUGACAGCAUGCAGAGUAAUCUAGGGAAUUGAGGC